UUCAGGGUGCAUUCAUCCCUGCCAUAAGUUGAAUGGCAAUCAAUUACAAUUUGUUAUAUAUUUUAUUAAUAAUAAAAAAAACAACUUUGUUUCAGAUGGGUGUGCAGAACUUACAUCUUCUUUGGAUGAGAUGAGAAUGACAUCAGAUGGUAUCUUCAUUAUUGAUAACCCAGGCCCUGCUGAUUCUGCAUCUUUGGAUUGUGAGCUGAGCAGUUCCUUCAGAGUUCUUCAGAGAGACUUAGAGGAAAUGAGGAGUUUGAAUUCUUUAUUGAAAAAGGAAAAUCUGAAUUUGAGGGAACAACUCACUGCCAGGAAUGGUGGUCGUUUGGUGCGGCCCAGUUGUGAUGCAGAGUUUGCUCGAGCUCUGAAGGUUUUCUACCACAGUAUGACAUCAGUGCGUGCUCAGCUACAGCGUCUGCGCAGACACAGGCCCAGUGAGGAGUCAGACUUGUUGGGGCUGCGCUUCUUUGUGGAUGAACAAGGUCGCCUGCUGAGAGACUUCUCAGAGCAGCUAGAGGAGUGUGUUUCUAAACUCAAGCAGGACGUGGCUGCAAUUGUACGACGCAAAAGAGAAAGAUCUGAAAUAUAUUUGUAGAUAAUUCUUUUUUAUAAAACUGAGAAUAACAAUUUCACAUUUAUACGAUUUGUUAAGAUUACCAUUGCUAAUAUUUGCCUGGCAGAUCCUGAAUGAUCUCUCUCUGUAUUUAAGAACUUGGGGUAAAUUAUCAACAAUGGUAUUUUCUUUCAAAUUUAUUAGAAUUGAUAUAAAAGUAGUUGAGACAGUUUAAAACUGCAAAUAAGUUAAAAGGCAUGUACAAUUAAAAAAAAAAAAAAAUCACAAAAUUAUACCACCAAUGUAAAUGUCACAAAUGCAGUUCAUUACAAAGUUGCUAAACAGAAAACAUCAGCAAAAGUACAGCUUUUCUAGGACAUUUUGUAAUGGGUCAAUACAUAAAAAUGAGCAUUCAUUAAAAAUGUCAUUGUAAAGUUUUGUACAAAGUUGUGCUGCACACCAGUAAGUUUAGAUGGUAAAACAUGAUUGUUAUAGGUCCAAAAGAGAAAUGAGAUAAAUGGCAGGCAGUUUGGGACGCUGAAGGCAGAAGGGUGUGAAGCACACUGUGUCAUUUAAACAGUUGGCCUCAAUGACAUAAGUGACAGCAAGUGGAAAGAUAAACAGAUUAAGAUUAUCAGAGGUAAUCUGAUAAGUAUCUAAAUUGUACAAUUUACUGUUGAUAUAAAGGUUAGUCACGUUUAGUUUAGUUUUAUUGUAUAAAACACCCUGUUUCCUGUGUGCAGAUCUGUGAGUACAGGUGAGGUAGGUCCAUAGAGUCUUUAACAUUUCACCAAAGACAAGAGAAAGAAACUAUGAGAACUGUGAACGAAUCACAACAUGGAGGCUUCACAGUCACUGUUAAUAAUAACCAAAUCAACAGAAAUAACAUUGUCACAGCAAGUGCACUGUUGAGGAUACCACCAUUAGUCUUUAAUAAGUAGCCCUUUAAUAUAGAUAUUAAAGGUUCUUCAGUGUGCAGAUAGGCAUCAAGAGAGAAAAACUGCUUUAUAAAACAAUACUGAUGUCAGUAAGAGAGUUUUAUGUGGUAUUGAACAAUGCCUUUCUCCUCAAGCUGCCUGUUUUGUUUUAGGAUUGGAGCUAGUGUUGAAGAGUUCUUAUUGACAAACUGAACUAAACCACGCAUUCUAAGUACAUGCACAUUUCAUUGUGAUUUCCAACUGUAGGCCUGUCUUCUCUUUACACUAGGAGUUUUGUACAAUGAGCAUUACAGCCCCACUCUCAUAGGCUUCACAGCUUAAAAUUGUUAACUAAAAGGUCCACCGUAAUAGGCCCAUAUUUGUCACUCAUACAGUGCAAGAUAAAACUACUGAUAGUUGAAGUUUGGUGAAAAUUAAGGGAAUAAACUGCAAGAUAUAUGUUCUGUCUUUAAAAGUAACAAAAAUGUUGAUUGUAACAAAGGCAUGUAUUUUGUAUACCCUGUAAGAAAGGACUUCUCCAGUAUUUUCCAGUCCUUGAAAAUCCCAGAUCGAAAAGUAAACAUAUG